CCCCUACCCUCACCCACUCUCUCCCAUAGCCGUCUCUACAGAGCUGUGCUGGCUGCACUGUUUAUAGGGAGUGUGCUGCCGGAGAGCAUCAGCCGCAGUCUGCCUGUGCAGGGGAGGAAUAGUGGCUGAUCACACUGAUCGUGCUUCUCCCACUCUCCCUGGAUUUGAUCCUUUCUUACUGGUUUUCAUAGCGGCACCCCAUUCAUCAAUAUAUUUUUAUAUUACAUAAGGGGGCGUGGCCUCACGGGCCGUGAUUAGGCCACGCCCCCAAAAGUGCCCUGCACACUCUGACAAGUCUUCUCUUGGACCUCUUCUCCCAUCCCCCUCCCACUAUUCCCAUGCUGUCAGCAGCAAUACUGACGCUGGCAUCAUAAUGGUGAUGAUCCCAACAGAGGUGAGAUUACAUCUAAAGCAAUUCUUCUAGGCCAUACUUCUGCUGUAACAUGCUUAGCAAAGGCAAGGGAUUUUGAAAAACAGCCGUAUGUUGUUAGUGGAACAGAAAAUGGGGAAAUGUGUGUGUGGAAUGUCACCAGUGGGCACUGCAUAGAGAAUGCAAAGCUUCCAUAUAGGCACACUGCAAUAUGUUACUACCAUUGCUCAUUCCGAAUGACAGGAGAAGGCUGGCUGCUUUGCUGUGGUUACUAUCAAGAUGUCCUCAUUGUCGAUGCAAAGACCUUGCAAGUCCUUCAUACUUUCAAGUCACAGUCUUCAGAUUGGAUUAGUUGCAUGUGCAUUGUUCACUCUACCAGGAUUCAAGAAGAUUCACUGGUAGCAAUAUCUUCUGCAGGAGAACUAAAAGUAUGGGACCUGUCAUCCUCUGUCAACAGCAUACAGGAUAAGCAAAAUGUUUAUGAAAGAGAAUCAAAAUAUCUGGAGGCGACGAGCCACUGCGCUGUGCGAUUCUGCACAUACACGGAGCGGCUACUGCUAGUGAUUUGCUCCAGUUCCUGGAAGGUCUAUGAUUACUGUGAUUUUUCCCUCCUCUGUUCUGAUAUCUGUAAAGAUGGUCAGAGCUUUACUGGGGGUGAGUUCCUGGCCGCUAACAGACUGAUCAUCUGGACCCAGGAUGGGCACAGCUAUAUCUACCAGCUGCUGAACAGUGGUCUUUCCAAAUCUAUAUGUUCGGUUGAAGGAGGAUUACUUAAAGAAACAAUCACUCCACACUUACUCUGCUCUACAAGUAUAAAGGAAAAGAGCUUUACAUGUACUAUGGGAUUCAUGAAUGAAAGGAAAGAGCCAUUUUUUAAGAUAUUAUAUUCCGGGGAUUCAUCUGGCAGACUCAACUUCUGGCAUAUUCCUGAUGUUCCUGUAUCACAAUGUGAUGGCUCCCCACUGGAGAUACCACUAAAGGUAACAAUGACACUUCAGGAAAUGUUUGACAGGCAUAAAUCAAUGUCUGAAGGAAUCAUAGAUCACCUCUGUAAUCCCGAGGAAGGAGUGGCUUUUGCUGCAAUCACGGCAUCUCUCUAUAUCCCUGGCCUUGAUAAGUUAGUAUGUGGCUGUGAAGAUGGCAACAUUGUCAUUACAUUUGCAUUGCAUGCUGCCAGGGCAAGACUUCUUCGGGACCACCCGUUACUCAGAGGUUCAUUGCUACACAAAAUAUUUGCAGGCCAUUACUGCAGUGUAACAAGUUUACUUUAUCCACAUGAGCGGUCGGAGAAGUUUGAUCCAAGUUGGCUCAUUUCUGGUGAUCAGAAUUCAUCUAUAAUUUGGAGAGACGUGUUCACAGGAGAAAUAUUUCACAAGUUCACAUUACAGUCCGGAUCAAUACUGAAACUACUCGUUUCCCCGUGUGAUUAUAAAAUAAAAUUGUUCCAGAGCAUAUAUUGUGUGUGUAGCGAUAAUUCAGUGGCGCUUCUAAAUCUACAGGAGCGAAUUUGCUUUUUCCAUGCUAGAAAACAUCUAUUUCCUGUAAAGACAAUGAAAUGGCACCCCAUAGAAGAGGUUCUGGUUGUUGGCUGUGAAGAUGACUCUGUAUAUGUGUGGGAAAUUGAAACAGGCACUUUAGAGCGCCAUGAAACAGGUGAUAUUGCAAAAGCAAUUCUUGCUGCUUGUGAAGACUUCACCAUUGGUGUGACAAACUUCAUGGUAGGCACCCAAGAGACACAGCGAAACAUUAAAACGACUUUCAAAUCAUCAAACUCUCAUAAACUGGGAGCCCUGUCCCACAAUCUAAUGCAUCCUGAAAAGUCAUCAAAUAAGAUUGUUGAUUCCAGCUACUCUUCCAACCCCUUCACCGUUCUACCAGUGACUUCUAAGUAUAGCAUCAAUCUACAUUUGCUUCUGUUUGACCUGGAAAAAGUUUUAGAACUUUUGCAGUCUUCCCAAGCCUGUGGACUGAAGUCAGCAAACUCCUUCCACAGCUAUGAUGCCCUAAAAACAUCUAAAAGUUCUUCGGAGAAAAGACCUCUGACACUUAAAAGAAAUAAAACUGCCGGUUCUCUGUAUCAGAUGGAGGGCCCAGUCUCGGAAUCAGCAAGUAAAGAAACUGUUAGCCGACCUCUAGAAGAAAGCGGUGGCAUCAAAAGACAUAAGAAAUUCAAAAGUACUAAAAAAAACAAAAGUCAGUCUUCAGGAAAAAUAGAUGUUAAUAUGGUUACUGAUUCUGCAAAACUGCUACUGUCUUGCCUCUUACCUUGGGGCAUAGAUAAAGAGCUGGACAAUUUUUGCAUCAGACACCUAGACAUCCGAAAGCUGCAAGAUUCAGUCACUUUUGGGGUGAUAUCAGACAUGGAUCAUGUGUGUUUGAUGUUACCUGGGUGGAAUCGAACAAGUCAUGACAUGGUUGGAGAAUAUUCCCAUAAUAACCUGUGGUCAAAGAAAGUGAUUGAACUCUCCGUAAAAUAUUCCCUUGUGGCACAAAAACAAGCCAUUAAAAAAAAGCGAUCGGAGGACUAUUUCACAUCCACUUUAGGCUUGGACACUCUUCUCCAUUUUCUGAAGAAGGUAUUAUGUGUCAGUAACGCAAUGAGCAUGGAUUCAGUGUCAAAACUGAAUAAUCAUUCUGGCAGUCAAGAGAAGAUGGAGGUUACCCGCAGCAAAUGGAAAAGUUCAGAACAUUUUGGUUCCUCCUCUUUUACAACAGAUAUCCUACAGGAUCGAAAUGGCUUCAGUUUUUCUGAUCCGGAGAACAUUUCUGUAAUGAAAAUUGUUUCUACUUGGAAAGACCAAGCAGUGCAGGUAACAGAAGCAAUACAAGCAGUGUUACUAGCGGAACUCAGACGUUGGAUGGAAUCUUCGAGAAAAAGCAUUAUAACAGCUCAACCAGUUUCCACUAUGGAUAAUGGUUGCACACAACUACCUUCAAAAAUGGAACACUCCUACAAUAUUGAACAGCUGUUUGAAGAAACUUCUCUGCAAUCACCUGAGAACUUGUCAAAAAGUGAGAAGACUGUAAACUUCAGUGAGCCUGAAUCCAUUCAAGAGAAGAGUGUGUUGGAGGACACAGAUAGUCCAGAUGAAAUGAAGCAAAAUCCUUGGAUGUCCAAAGUGUGUUACUGCAAAGUCUGUUAAAAGCAUACAAAUAUGUCGUGUAAUAGGAAUAUUAAAUAUAGAAAACAUCAA